GCUUAGAAAACAGUUUGAAUAAAUGGGAAGAACGCCUGUAAGAUUAAAUUAGCAACGGGUUAAUGUAGAGGCACACGCACGUAGGUUACUGUUUUGGAUACGGAAUAUGUACUUACAUAAAUUUAUUUUAAUUAAAAUUGAUAUACUAAACGCAAAGGUUUUGAGAUAGUUUCCAAGUCCAUGUUUGGGAAAAGUUACUUGUACUUGCUUUUUUUCAUUUCAUUUGAUUUAUUGUCCAAAAUCAUUUUAACAUAGGAGUUUACAAAGUUAUGAUAAAAUUAGAUUGUUUAGCAUUAUCCUAACAUACGUUUGUAUUUGUCUAGGAGUGUAAAACUUACUUAUGUACUGCAAUGAGUUGUGAUACAUUUUUGAAGAUAUAUUGUGUAUGUGAAUACACUUUGGUUGAUUCAAGUAUUUUUUUAAGUGUAUUCGAAUACUACAUAAGUUUUCGAAAAAAAUAUAUAUUUUUUUAACGUACAUUUCAUAAAAGCUCAUAAUAAAAAUUUGCGUUCAAAGGGAAAUAAAUCGCCUCAACCUAACUGCAACUCUGCGCUAUUUAUACUUGUUUCUAAUUAGCAACCCUGCGUUUUGUCAUUUUGAUUGGAAACGAAUGACAGAUGUGCCCAAUAGAAAAGAGCAAAAGAAAGCGCAGGAAACAUUUCAUUGAUGGAAAAUUGUUCGAAGUUGUUCAAACGUUAAUCGCACGGAAAGAUUUUGUUGACGGGCGCAACUAAACAAAAGAAAAGAAGAAAAAAAAAUGCAUAAAUAAAUACAAUACAAAUGCUAGAAUAAACGCAAAAUGUAAUAAUACGGUAAUAUAAAAUAGUUUGUGCGCGAGUGAAGUAGUCCAGGAAAAAUCGUUUGUGUAGCUAAGUGGAGUGUAUAAGAAACAAAAAAAAAAAAAUCUGGUAGCAAACAUUGGCUGAGCGCGAUAGAAAUUUUCCAAACAAGUAAUAAAAAUAUAAAUUUAUGUAGCAAUACAACUUGCAAAUUGUUAAUACGAAACCCAGUGAACAACUAAUAGAAAGCAGGCGCUUCAAACAAUUUGCAAGCACAGUCAUAGUCAGUGCAAAGUUUGGGCAGAAAACGCAGUCGAAGGCCAUUAUUCCCAAAAUAGAUACGCAAGUGCAUUCCCCUCCCCCAGAUGAUUGUGCGUGCGUUGCAUUAUUUAAAGUGUUACGUGACACGCAACAAAAUUUUUGUAUAUUGAAAAAAUACAAUACAUCUAGCAAAAUUAUUUUUGCAACAUUGUGAAAGUCUGAAUUGGCAUUCGACGUCAUUCGACAGUGCAUCAAUUUUCUUCAAUUCAUGCAAACCGGCUUACUCCGUUAGGAUUUUGUAUCUACUACAUUUAUCAUUUAUAUUUGCUUAUUCCGUCAGUAUUAUAAGCAAAUUUAUUGAAUUUCCCAAUACAAUCGCCGGCUACUGCUCUGCUAACUAAUAAAAACAAACAAAGUGGUAAAUUAAUUAAAACAAACAUCGAAGAAGUCAAUAAUGUGCGAAAAAAACGCAAAAUCAGCAGGCUUGAAGCCGAAACAGCAUUCAGGCUGACCGCAUCUCUUCAAUGGCUUGACUUAGCGGCCGUGUUAUCUUUUGCUUCUGCGUUCUGUUCUCGCGCAUAAGUAUUUCUUUUGUACUCGUACCAGAAUACUGACUAACUUGCAUUUAUGUGUAUGUGUGUGUUCGUACGCUUCUUCGUUUGCGCAACGAUGUAAAACAAAAGUGCAUUGAUUGAAAGUGAAACCAAGAGUAAAAAUCAGCUGAGCUUUUUACGCUCGCACAACUUGGCGGACAAUGAUUUCCAUUUCAAAUUAUGUAAAUAUUACUAUUUCAAAGAAAGAGCACAUCACGAGCAAACGGUGAACGGCGUAAAAUUUAAAACAUUAUAAAUUUGUAUGUGUGUGCGUGCAUGUGAAAAAGUGAAAACAAAUAAGUAAUUUUCAACGGGGCGACUACCGAGGCUAAGAAUAGGACGCAGCACCGGACCAAUCGCUAACUAAGGAAGUGUGUACGUUUUGCCGACUUCAAGACUCUCUCUUCUUUCCUCGCAACCUCAACACCUUAGAAGGCGGGGAAUUUUACUUUGGUGUAAUUGGGCGUAGAAUGCUAUCCAAUUUUCACAAAUUAAUGCGGUGCUCUUCGAGCGUUUUGCAAUCUUCUACACCAAUGGGUGGUGGCGGCGGUCAUUUUGCCGCCAGUGAUGGUGUAAUCAAAUCACGAUCCUCACCCUUUAACAUCAACGAUGACGAUCCCAAUAUUGCCACUUGUUCGGGGCAUGGAGAUUGCCUGAAUGGCACUUGUCUCUGUGAGAUCCGUUACGCCGGCGAUGAGUGCAGCGGUUUCAAUCUGCCAUACUAUGCGGGCAUUUCGGCAGUUUUCUACUUUGUAGCACUGGUUUCGGUUGUGCAACUAUUCAUCUGUAUAUUUGCCGAGUAUCAGCGUUUGAAGCAGCCAUCAUUUCUGCGUGCUUGUCGUCUUACAACACAAAAAGUCUUAUACUUCAUGGUAUUCGUGGCGGCAACACUAAGAGGGGCAUAUUUUACGACACCGUUGGAUUUGCAGCCACAAUGGGCGGUCACACUUAUGUCGGCGUAUUAUCCGAUGUUAAUGACCUGCGCAUCGCUGAUUGUUUGUAUGUGGGCUGAGAUUUUCCAUUUACGCGAUAUCCGCUGGGAGAGAUCACAAUUUCUAUCGAAAAGUUUUCUCGGCUUUGUUGCAUUUAACUUAUUCCUCUACAGCUUGUUCGGUGUCGAGGUAUUCUCUUCAUUGAUCACCGCCGAUCGGCAGAAUUAUGCGCACAUUUUCAACGGCUGCUAUGCAGUGCUGUUGCUCAUCGUAGUCAUUUUCUUUUUGAUCUAUGGCGUCGAAGUGUAUUUCAAGUUGCGUGGUGGCUUUGUUUACGACCAAACAGGCAAAAUACUUGGUCCCAGUGAAGCGAUCGUAAAUGCCUCACAGCUGCAUCAGUCGCGCUUGGGUCUCUUAUCGCAGGCGAUUAUGUUAAUCGUUAUUGUGGGCUUCCUAACAUCGGAGACAUUGGGUGAUUUUUGGAAAACCAAAGUACCGGUGUAUUCACGCAAUUGGCAUGAUAUUGUCUUCCGCAUCGUGGAGAUGGGUGUUGCUUUUUGGUUCCCCUGUUGUUUGUGGAAUUCAAUGGCACCCGAACAGCUGUGGAUAUUGAAUCCACGCAAAUUGCUUUCACGUCAAAUCGAUCCAUCCAUACCGACCACAUCGGCCGAAACCAAGAGCCUGUCGCCGGAGGAAGGUCAAUCGUUUUUGACGAAAAAAGACUGCUGGAUUUGUUAUGAUAAUGACAAACCAGAGCCGCUCAUACAACCGUGUCGCUGCACUGGUGACGUCAGCUCUGUGCAUCAUGAGUGCCUCAAACGCUGGCUAGUGGAGAGUUGCAGUUCAACAGAUGCGCAAUUAUCGUGCAAAGUUUGUGGCUUCCCUUACGAAAUUGAGAAGACUAAAAAACUCGACUGGGAGAAGGGUUUCAACAUGCAGCACUGGUCCAAGACAAUCAUACUGAUAACGUUGAUGUGUGUUGCCGGUGCCAGCGCUUGGGUUGUCAUUCAACUAUACGUCGAUCCGCUGAUACGCGUACUCACUGUUGGCAUUGCUGUGCUCAUCGGCUAUGUAUGCAUUAAGUGUCUGGGAGAGAACACCGUAGUGGCAUAUCAGCGUGCCAAAGUAAGCUCAAUCAAUAUAGUGACGAAAUCGGAAAUGGAGAAAUUGCACACCAUUUGUGAAGAUGUUGGUGAACGGCCAACAACAACAACAGCUGCAGCAGUAGCAGCAGCAUCGCAGGCUGCUUCAACAUCAGCAUCAACAUCGACGACGGUCACAACAAGCGCGCAAUGAUUAUGAUCGAGCAAAGGAAGCAUUGUUGAGUCGGAGCACGUAUGCUUGUUGGAGGAUGAUGAGGAGCAACAACAACAACAACAACAACAGCAGCGAGAGCAUUUGGUGGAAGUCGAACAGCUGAGAGAGAUGUCAGUAGCAGCAGCAGCCACGCAUAUAGCACCACCGAAAACGAAUAUUAGUUUUACUAAUAUUACAGAGAAAAACUAACGACGAACCAAUCAUUAAAUGAGUAGCCAAUAAUUGUAACAACCACGACGGUGAUCGGCAAUUACAGCGCUACAGGCAGGCUAAGGUAUAAACAAAAGAGGACAAUAGCAGCUGUGCCAAGAACUUAAACAGCAAUAACUUUACACACACACACACACACACACAUACAACAGCUUAGUAAUGGAGCAAUUAAGGAUUUAUUCAUUUACUAUUAACAAUUAAAAAAACAACAACAACUUUACGUGUUUGUAGAGAGCGACCUAACAACAAUUUCUCAGGCCGAAACGAACCGAAAUUCGACCGAAGUAAAACUGACUGAGUAAUAAAAAGCACGGAGUUUUUUGAAAUGCAGUAUUUUUAUUAAAAAAAAGCUGCAACAAAUUGCUAAAUUUCAGUUACAAUAAUUUCAGUUCAUAGCAUAUGAUGAUACAUGAUUCAAUUAUUAGGAUUAUUAUUGUCGCUCACUUGUGACGUUCGAAUUCUGGCACCCCCUUGCAAUGCGUAUGUAGGUAGGGUACAAUAAGAAGUGCGGCGAAGCAAGUGAAAAAAUUAAGUUCCAUACCUGUUUUGGUAAAAUUGGAAGUAAAAGAGUGUUUUUUACUGAAAUUAUAAAUAAAGGCUGGGAUUCGCAAUAAUGUCUAUUGGGCAAUUUUUGGCAAACUAUAAUGCCUUUAUUAAUGAAAUUUGGUGGAGAUGUUAGUGAGGUGUUAAGGAACACUCUUUAUAACUCCAAAUCAUUUGGAAAAUAAUAAAAUAAAAAGGCAAAUAAUUACGCCCUCAAAAUGCUCUCGGGAACUUCACUAUAAUUUAGCACAUUACACUAUAUAUUUUUUAACACUUUACUAAAAUUCACCGAAUAUACACUCACACGCGUGAUUUUACUUAUUUUUAUCCUUAUAUUCGAAUUAUUUUUAUUAAAAUUAAAUGCAAAUGCAUUUGUCUAUACAAUCACUUUCCAAUUUUGAACGCGAAUAAGAAGAAAAUUGGAAUGACAACAAUAUGGUGUUGCCGGAUGCCUGCAAAUGAAAACAAAAAUAUGAACAAAAAUUAAGUAUUUGAGUUUAGUGUUAAUGAUGGGGAUGGGGGUUAUUGUGCCUCCUUACUACAUACACGCAUAUGACGUUUUAAUUUUGGGUGCAAUGGUUUUAACACGGAAAGGAGUUCUACGCAAAAAUACUGUGGAUUGAGUAGCCGGAGUUGGACUGAUGAGGGUUAUUUUUUUGAAGCGCGACCGAAGGCCGCCCUCGCGAAAAGGAGUUCCACGCAAAAAUACUGUGGAUUUGCGUAAAUUGCAGGAAAAAAUACUGCAGUUUUACAAUGAACCUUCCACUAAACAUCCCUGCAUACGAACUUCGUUUUUAUUUCCGGUGUAUGGCAACACCAACUUUUCGCUAAAUUACAGAACUUUAACAUUAAAUUACUUAAAAACUAUAAGCCUCCGGCGGGUGCGGUUUUCAGUUUUAAGAUGGAGGGAUACACCCCUCUAUCGGCCUCUUUUAACCUUUUUUUCAAAGCAAUAGACAUUAUACUAAAUAUUUGCCUAAAUAAAUAUAUGGUUUAAACGGAAAAUGCCAAAAUUACCGACUGUGAGAAUUUGCCUUGACGAUCGAUUGACAAUUCCGGAAAAGCAAAAAAUCUUUCCACUGGCGCAGAUGAUGAAGGAAGAGGUGUAUAUGUAAGUGGUGCAAACCAGCAUCGAUCGUCAUUCAAGAGCAAAACUAUAAUAUUUACUUCGAUUGAUAUGUCUCAAAAUAUCCUUCACGCGCAUAGCCCCAAAAAGAUGCGCUAUGAUAUGCGGUAUGUCAGUCCUUAUCGUUUUCUUCCUGGACAUACCGUGCAAGUUCUUGUUUAUAAGCACACCAUUUUGAAAAUGAAAUGUUUUUCUUACAAAUUUUACUUUUCCUCCACUUUUAGGCAAAAAUUGUAGUAUUAGCCACACAGUGUCUUUGCUAAAGGCACCGAUUUGCCAAAAGGGAACGAAAGAGCUGCUUACUGAGCAAACCUUUUACCCUUAUAUUGAAUCAUGAUAUUAUUUUAUAUGUUUAUAAAACGCAAAGACUGCUUUGGCUUUUCUGAAGGAAUACGAAUUAAGAAAUGUUCGGUUUUUUUUAUCGAAACCUAACAAAAUUUAGUCGAAGUUCGGUCGUUCUCUGCUCGUUUGGUUUAAGUUUCAUCUACUAACACCACACACAUUAUGUACACACAUACAUACACACAUAUAUAUAUAUAAAUUUAUACAUACUUGUGAAUACUAAAUACGAGAGUGUGUAAAACUCUUCAUAUUUUCAUGUGUUUUUUCAUGCUUUCACUCACACACUCAUACGUUUUCUGUUUAUGUACUUGUAAUUCACAUUUUCGUACGCGGAUUUUCUAAGCUGUAAAAAAAUCAAAAACUUUCAAGCCACAAAAAAUAUAUAUGUAAUUGAAAACAAUACAUACAGAUAUAUGUAUGUACAUACAUACACCCCAUACUCAUGUUAACUUAUUAUUAUUUUUUUGUUAAUUUUUUUUUUCAACUUAAAAAAUGUAUUGGAAAACUGACUAAAUUAAGCUCAUAUGCGCGCUUUCACAAAUAUCGCAAAUCAAAAGAUGUUCAAUUCGAAGCGUAAAUAAGAAAAAAAAAAAAACUGUAUUAUAUGCCAAAUUUACCUACACACACAUACAUAAGUACACAUUUUCAUUGAAAUGCUUGUGUGUAUUCACAGUAAAACAUGGAUAUAUGCUAGUUUUAUCAAAACAAAUAAAACAAAAAAACAAAAACAAAUCAACCAUCAGUAUCAUUGCAAUUGAGAUUAAUUAAAACUGCACUGCAAUAAUGUUUAAGAAAACCUAUGAACUAACAUAAAAAGGCUAUGCAAAGUAUAAAAUUAUGUAGCAAAAAAAAAAAAACAAAAUAUUAGCAAAAAACAAAAAAACUAACAAAAAGCAAUCUAUUAAGUAUAUAAAAUUAAGCCUUAAAUGAACCAGAUAUUGGCAGCAGCGAGAAUAUUCGAUAAUUUUCAAAACACUGUAGCGUUGCAUUUUCCAGUGGAAUGUCAAAAAAUGAAAAUAAAAAAAAAAACAUUAUUUAUUUGCCUCAUGUGCACC